GCAGCAAACCACUGAGCAUCGUCGACUUCAUUCACGUAGGCUAAAUUAGAAAAACACCGAGCAGCGUCGACCUCAAUUACAAAUUGAAAUAGCCCAAAUUAGCUAGGUACUUGACCAAAGCAUCUCAAACUAACGUUACCUAGCUAGUUUAGCUAAAUGAAUUGUUCUGUAAUUUUCGCCGUUCAAUAAGCAUUAAAAUACGAACUGUGGUCCUUGUUGGAAUUGCGUGGGAAGAAUCUCUUCCUACGGUUGUCAGUGGUUAGUUAGCUAGUUGUCUUUCGUUUCGAGGUCAUCCUCACCAGUGUGUAUCGAGUUAGCUAACGUUACAGCACGCUUUUUAGAGACUGUAGGCUUGACUAGGUAGCUAACUACACAACUCGCUAACAAUUUAGCUAACGUUUGAAAGUCGUCUCCAGUUGGAAAAGAGCAGACAUGAAGAAUCUUCCGUAUUUCUGCCGGGGGGAAGUCGUUCGAGGAUUCGGGCGAGGAAGCAAAGAACUAGGGAUUCUCACAGCCAACUUCACAGACUCUGUGGUGGAGCUCCUGCCUGGCGACAUCAGCACAGGAAUCUACUAUGGCUGGGCGUGCGUGGGCACCGGGGACAUCCACAAGAUGGUGAUGAGCAUCGGCUGUAACCCUUACUACAACAACGCCAAGAAAUCCAUGGAGACUCAUGUGAUCCACACGUUUAAAGAAGAUUUCUAUGGACAGAUCCUCAGUGUAGUCCUGGUGGGAUACAUCCGUCCAGAGAGGAGCUAUGACUCACUUGAUGCCCUUAUAGCAGCGAUCAACAAUGACAUUGAGGAGGCCAAAAGAGAGCUGGACCUCCCAGAACACCUCAAACUCAAAAAGGACAACUUCUUCAGAGCCUCUGCCAGCUCGUCCAUGACGUCGUCCAACAAGAUCAUGAAGGACCAUUGACAUCUGAUCAUGCAACACGUUGUUCACUCUCGCAUUGCUCAUCACUCGGUGAAGUCGGUGUCACAAGUAUCCAUCCAAAUGUAAUUCUUCACUAGGCCUAGUGACCUGGCCGGCAGAGGCCUUGCUUGUAUUUUAGUGUGGCGCAAACAUGAACCACUGAAGUUAAGGAGUGCCACGAUUACUUCAUCAAAAAGAGUCAAGUGAUUUUUCCAAACACUGCUUUGGGUGUUUUCCAUUGCAGUUUGAAUGACUGGGUGGUUGACAACUAAUGGGCUCUCCUGUCUGUUAUGCUCUUUCUCUCUUUCUUUUACGCUCUCUUUUUCUUUCUUUUUCUCUUUCUUUCUCUCUCAUAUAUAUAUAUAUAUAUUAUAUACUGCCAAUAUGUUACUUUUUCAAUCCUCAGCCAGAUUUUAUCCUCACAACAAAUCUACAGUUAUUGUAUCCGACCUGAAGCUACAUUAGACUACGGUCGUGUUCAUUAGGGCACAUAACCAAAUACACUUCAGAAUUGGACAAGUUUGGUGCCUAAUGACAUGAUCCUGGUAAUGUGCAACUCCAGGAAUUGAAUGUGUGUUGAGAGGAGCCCUGUGCCACCAAACCCACUGCUAAAGGUGGCACCCUAGUGGUUUGAGCGUUGGUCAAGUAACUGAAAGCUGCUGGUUCAAAUAACUGAGCAGAUGAGGUGAACAAUCUGUUGGUGCCCUUAAGCAAGGCACUUAACCCUCACUUGCUCCAGGGACGCUGUACUAAUAUGGCUGUCCCUGGUAAACACUGUUCCCUGCACCUAUCCAGCGUAUGUGACAAAAUGUCCUUUUGAAAUUAAUGGUAAUUUUGUAUCAUUUAGAAUUGGUGUUCAGUCUCAUGGCUUUGCACUUAGUUUUUCCUCCUUUUCAUAUUCGGGUGUAUUCAAAAUGUCUGCCUUGAAGCAGAGAAGUCCUCAAUAUCUUGCAUUUGAUCUAGGCUAAAUAGUUGCAUUAUACACAGCACUGAAUUAAUCCGCAUUAUUUAUUUGAGAAACUGAUGUUCUUAUUUGACCUACACAAACUGCAUGGUUGGCUAAAGACAUGCUUGAAUGCAGCUUCAGUUUUCUGAUUUUCUUAAUUUGUAUAGUUCCUCAUUGGUCAAAUCCAGCAUUCUCCCACCCCAGCAAUGAGGGCCAUUUUAUUUAACGCUAAAGAUCUGUCAAUUUUUUUUAAUGGGUCCACUUAACUACGUUCCCGCAUUUUUUUUGUUUCCAGAAUUUUGUUUUUACUGACUAAACCUUGUUUGGACCCUCAUUCCACUGAGAUGGUAUACGAGAAGACUGAAGCCUUGUUCACACUGCAGGCCUUAGUGCUCAAAUCAGUUUUUGUUUUCAAAUCUGUUUUGGAGUACGGACUGUCCAAACAGCAAGUUACAAGUGACCAAAUCAGAUUUGUGUGUUCAGACCGCAGUCAUUUGCUGACAUGGCUCCGCAAGUUGUUACUAUGACAACGGGUGCGUGAGCAGUGGGGUAGGCUGAUUGGUGUUGGUGCUCAUGCUUCCUACCACUCAGGAGUUGUGUAGCAAGCUGAGGUGACACCAAUGCCUGCCAUGAACAUUUCCCAGUUGCUUUGAAUGUUCAAAAUCAGUGCAUGAACACUUUUAAAAGCUCAAAGGAUAAGAUGAUCCAACUUUCAAAACAAGUCCUUUUUGGCUAGCCCCAGCAGUCAACUAGGUAGCUCUUUAGUGUUCUAGCACAUUUACUAAUUUGUUUGUAAACCAUUAAGCUAGUUAGCUACAUGUUCUUGUCAAAACCGCCAACCGAGUAGUUGGCAAGCAACACGACAUACCAAAUAAGUGUUAAAAAAAAGAAAGAAAAAAGAGGGAAAGUACAUCAGAUUUGACUGUUCAGACAAGUCGCAUGGCCCGUAAUCAGAUUUGUAGCUGAUUUCAAACCAACUAUGAAGGUUUGAAAUGUGGCUUCAAAUAUCUGAUUCCCUGUGCUUUUGGGCUGUUCAGACUGCAGGGGAAAAAAACUUUUCAAAUCGGAUAUGCAAAAAACAAAAUGGAUUUGAGUCACUUCAAACUGCCAGUAUGAACAAGGCAGAUGGAUGUGGUGGGCAUGUGUUCGUCAGAGGACAAAGUGGACAGUGUCGAGCAUAUACAUAACACUUUAUAAUAAGUUGUUCAAAAUGAAUUGUGAGCUCAUGUGAUUCUAGAUUUUAAUGUAUUUGAGAGACACUGUUCCUCUGCCAUACUUUUGGCAGAGGAAACAAUAUGGCUGGUGUUAUUAAUAUAUUCAUGUUUACGUAGACCAAAUCUGUGAAUACGAUUCUAUAUUCCCUGUCCCUACCCCCCAUGUUCCUCUUCAGAUUUUGAGCUUUGUUCCUUUAAAAAAUACGUCAUGGCCUUUUUUUAUUGCAGGAUACCUUAAAUUCCCCUCCACCCAUACCCAGAAAAUGUACUGGGGUAAGCAAUUGAUAUGCAUAAGUAAAUGGUAUUCAACAAUGACGUAUUGAAAGCUAUGCAAUGUGGGAUGGGGAUCGGUCUCUACCAUUUAAAAGGCCAGAGGGAAAGGUUUUCUCUUGGUUAAUUUAUGGUUACUGUUUAGUUAGAACACGGACUCGGCACCAGUUGUCGAGGGAUUUUUGUGUUCCCCAGACCUUAUAUGCCUGAGUGGUUAGCAGUACUAUACCUUAGUACCACAGAAGGACAUAGACCAACAUAUACAUACGGUUUCUCAAACUUAUACACAGCAGAAUCUGUGUUAAUAUUAACCCAGUGUGCUCAUUGUCUGUCUUAUCUGACUUUCCCUGUCAUUAGCCUGCGCAGGGUUUCCCAAACUCGGUCCUGGGCCCCCCCCUGGUACACUUAUCAUGCAAUGCAAUCUAUCACCUUAGUAGUGUAGUCAUGGGUGCCUCCUGGGAGGGGUAAGAAUGUGCUGAAGCCCCUUCGAGAGCCUAGCACCCCCCAAGAAAUAUUGUAUUAUUACAGACAACACUACACAAUGAUCGUGAAACAUUUUUUGGUGCCACCACUGACUAGUUAAACCUACAAUAUAGUGUAAGAGAACAUGACUCAACAAGGGCCAUUCUAAUGUUUCUCUGUUUCUCCCAGCUCCAGUGUUCUGUUUUUCAAUGGUAUUACUCUGAAGGCCAGGGUUGUGUUCAUCAGGUCAGGAGCUGGUUUAUUAAUAUGUUUUUGAUUUAUGUGGCUCUUCAUCUGGUCAUACCCCUAUUGAAAUGUUUCCCCGUGAUUUCAGGUUUUGGUAGGACUACAGCUGUGUCUGGUUGUGUUUGUCCUCUGUCAGAUGUUCUAUAAAUCAGUGCAGCUAGAAGUGCUCAUUAAACUGUCAAAACAACAUGGCUUAUAUUUGAUCAAGUACUAGGCACUAGUGUUGGCUUAGGCAACUGUACUCAGAGGCAUCUGUUAGUAAUACUAGUAGGCUUGCUCUCCAGUUUGUCGCCAAACCACAACCCUGAGCCAACAUUAUCUCAUAUUAAACAAGGGGAACAUCUAGCUCAGUCGAGACCUUGCUUAGUAGAAUCAGACCAAUGUCAUUAACCAGGGUCAUCUGCUUUUUCUCCCACUAUUCUUUCACUUGUAUUCUGCCUUUAUAAAGAAACUAAGUGUAGGAUGGCAGAAUGGCCUGUUCCCAAAAUGUGCUUUAGCUGGAUAAGAAACAUCCUUGUAAAUAAUUGAUAUGCUUUCCAAGAAUUUACCCAACCUCCAAUACAAUGUUAUUUUCUAGUCCUUUCAGCUGUGAUUGCAUACAUUUGACUGUUGUAAGAAAUCAUGGAAUUCUGUAGUUAUUGAAGCAUCAUGUCAUAGCUUUGGAUUUUUUUUAAAGCAGCAAGUGUAACUGUUUUGUCUUUUCCCAGUUAACCUUGGGUCUGUGUUUAGGGACCAGUCGUAUGUGUUGGGCUCGUUCAUAAUCCUUCUGUCCUGCUGCUGUAUGAUCCUGCCUGACGUUGUAUUCUUAUUAAACAUGUUCAAAGAUG